GACUAGCUUCUUAGUCACCUUGCUCUUCUCCCCAUUUUGGCAGCAGCCCCUCAGGGCAAGGGGAAGCUGAUAUCAUAAUUAUUGGCUCAGCCAGCAGCUGCCUCCCCUCACCUGAUGUCAGCCCAGACCCAGGACGGCCGAGCUGACGGACGGACAGACAGACGGAGCUCCUGGCUCCCUGGCCCCCGGCCCCCACGCUGACCUGCUUCACGGAGCAGCCGGCUUUCUUCGAGGCCAGGACUGGGUGAUGGUAUCACUACUCCCGCCGCAGUCUGACGUCACGCUGCCAGGCCCCACAAGACUGGAGGGCGAGACCCAAGGGGACCUCAUGCAGGCACCGGGCCUCCCAGGCUCCCCUGCCCCACAGAACAAGCAUGCCGGCUUCAGCUGCUCAUCAUUUGUGCCCGAUGGUCCUCCAGAGAGAGCACCCUCACUGCCCCCACACAGCCCCAGCAUCGCAUCACCAGGUCCCGAGCAAGUCCACUGCCCAGCCGGCCCUGGCCCGGGCCCCUUCCAGCUCUCACCCUCAGACAAGUACUCUGGCUUCGGCUUUGAGGAGGGCCCAGCAAGCAGCCCCGGGCGUUUCCUCAAGGGCAGCCACGUGCCUUUCCACCCAUACAAGCGUCAUUUUCAUGAGGACGUCUUCCCUGAGGCCCAGACCGCCCUGGCCCUCGAUGGACACUCCUUUAAGACCCCGGGGGCGCUGGAGGCCUUCGAGGAGAUCCCCGUGGAUGUGGGGGAGGCUGAGGCCUUCCUGCCCAGCUUCCCAGCAGAGGCCUGGUGCAACGGGCUCCCCUACCCCAGCCAGGAGCACAGCCCUCAAGUCCUGCAGGGGUCGGAAGUCAAGGUCAAGCCCCCAGCUCUGGAGAGUGGUCCGGGGAUGUACUGUUACCAGCCCCCCUUGCAGCCUAUGUACUGUCCCUCCCAGCCUCCCUUCCACCAGUACUCACCAGGUGGCAGCAGCUAUCCUGUACCCUACCUGGGGUCCUCACACUAUCCAUACCAGCGGAUCGCACCCCAGGCCAGCACCGAUGGGCACCAGCCUCUCUUCCCAAAACCCAUUUACUCCUACAGCAUCCUCAUCUUCAUGGCCCUUAAGAACAGUAAAACUGGGAGCCUUCCUGUCAGUGAGAUCUACAAUUUUAUGACGGAGCACUUUCCUUACUUCAAGACGGCACCUGACGGCUGGAAGAAUUCUGUCCGCCACAACCUGUCUCUUAACAAGUGCUUCGAGAAGGUAGAGAACAAAUCAGGAAGUUCCUCUCGCAAGGGCUGCCUGUGGGCCCUCAACCCAGCCAAGAUCGACAAGAUGCAGGAGGAACUGCAGAAGUGGAAGAGGAAAGACCCCAUUGCUGUGCGCAAAAGCAUGGCCAAGCCAGAAGAGCUGGACAGCCUCAUUGGAGACAAGAGGGAGAAGCUGGGCUCCCCACUGCUCGGCUGCCCACCCCCUGGGCUGGCAGGCUCAGGCCCCAUCCGGCCCCUGGCACCUCCAGCCGGGCUCUCCCAGCCGCUGCACUCAAUCCACCCGGCUCCGGGACCCAUUCCUGGCAAGAAUCCCCUGCAGGACCUACUUGGGGGACAUGCGCCCUCCUGCUAUGGGCAGACGUAUUCACACCUCUCACCAGGCCUGGCCCGUCCUGGACCUCCGCAGCCGUUGUUCCCGCAGCCAGAUGGGCACCUUGAGCUGCGGGCCCAGCCGGGCACCCCCCAGGACUCGCCUCUGCCUGCCCACACCCCACCCAGCCACAGUGCCAAGCUGCUGGCUGAACCUUCCCCAGCCAGGACCAUGCAUGACACCCUGCUGCCAGACGGAGACCUUGGCACUGACCUGGAUGCCAUCAACCCCUCUCUCACCGACUUCGACUUCCAGGGAAACCUGUGGGAACAGCUGAAGGAUGACAGCUUGGCCCUUGACCCCUUGGUACUGGUGACCUCAUCCCCGACAUCAUCUUCAGUGCCGCCACCCCCACCCUCAUCCCACUGCUUCCCCGCUGGGCCCUGUCUGGCAGAGACAGGCAAUGGGGCAGGCGACUUGGCAUCACCAGGCAAUGGGGGCUCUGGGGCAGUGGGGGACCUGCAUCUCACCACCCUCUACUCGGCCUUCAUGGAGCUGGAGCCCGCGCCUCCCACGGCCCCUGCUGGCCCCUCUGUGUACCUCAGCCCAAGCUCCAAGCCCGUGGCCCUAGCAUGAGCUAUGCCGAGCAGCUGCUCCAGGCUUUGCCUGGCCUGGAAGUCCCAGCUGGCCGCCCAUGUUGGGCUCACCUGAAAGGUCAAGGAAGGAACACACUCCCUGUCCCGUAUGCCACUAAGCCAAAUUGUUCGUUAGCAGUCAGCUGGGGGUAUAGAAGUCACCACCCAGGAUUCUGCCCCUCGCACACUUCUGCCACCUGGUACACCAGCUCCUCGCUCAGGGCCCCUGCAGAGCAAGUGUCUGGGCAAGAAGAAAAUGCAUUCGCCCUAGCUUACCCUCAUCCACACGUAAGCCCUCAUGCACAUGUGGACAGGCAUGCAUGCACACAGACACACACACACACACACAGAGUUAUGCAGUCAUACACCCACUCACAUACCUUAUAUCCAGAGGAAUUGGAACUACAUCAUAGAGCCUAACUUCAUUCUGGGGGCAACUGAGAGCUGAGGGCUUUGGUUACCAAAAGCUCAGGGCCCCCAUGCCAGGUCCAAGACCACCCUGGGACCCUAUUCUGACGUCCACGUUCUCUGCAGGCCUGUUCCCCUCCAGGCAUGAUCUUCCCCAGGAGCCCCUUGUAUUUAUUCUCCCAUCUUCAUCCCAGCAGCCCAUCAAGAAGGAGGAGACAUAGAGCCUCUCCCCAAGUUGUCUGUGGGCCCCCCGCAAGGGGGCUGCUAUUCAGCAGCACCCGCCCUACCAGGCUUUACCCGUCCUCAACUUAAGCUCCAUCUGGCUUCCCCCAGAAGAUACACAGGAGGGGCAGCGUUCACCCAGGACCAAACUGAGCCCAAUUCCAACACAGAGUGUUUGGAAAAGCCCUUGCCCUUGUACACUUGAAAGUGUCCUUUUCUCCCAGCCCUGGGUACAGGAAGGGCCCCUCCAGGUCAGCACAGUCUCACUGCUGAGAAGUUCAUGUAGUUUAGGUCCCAGCUUAUGAAUUACUUCCAACUGUCUCAGGCAGCCUGGGCAUUCAGGGAAGGGAAGUCUGGUAGAGGCUGGUGGGGGAGCACCCAUGCCCCCUUUCUUUGACUGUUUGGCAGGCCAGGGGUGCCCCUGCAAUGAGGGGGCAUGACCCAGUUUCCCUCCAUGCCCUACCGGAGAGCCCAACCCCUACCAAGUGGAAGCCUCAGCCUACCCUGGGCCUGAGGGUGACAAGAACCUCCAGAGGUUGGCCCCAGGCUCAGAUGAGACACAAGCAGAACCCUUGAAGGCCUGCCAUUGUCCCCUGUCCUGGAACAAUAAAGCAAGUGCCCUGUG